AUGGCCUCCCCCGAACCCGCAGUCCGGCGGCGCAAGCCCGAGGCCAAAGACUCCUCUGCCUCAGAAACCGAACAACAGCUCCCCCUCAAACGAGUUCAGACGCUCUCCUCCUCAGAAUCAGAAUCCACCAGCAAGAAAACAUCCCAACCCGUAAAGAAGCCAAAGUCCAAGAAGAAAAAGUCCAAAGAUGAUGUCGACGAGUACGACACCGCCAAUAUCGCUCUCGACGCCCUCCGUGUCAUCUCUUUCCUCUUCCUCGCCUCCUGCGGGUUGAGCUACCUCGUCUCCAACGGCGAGACCUUCUUCUGGGGCAUGUCCAACCCCCCAAAGUACCUAACCAAAGCCUACUACAAGGAGCUCUUCCAAGGACCGAUCUACCUCACCCCAGCUGAACUCUCCCUCUACGACGGCACCAACCCCGACCUCCCCAUCUACCUAGCAAUCAACUGGACAAUCUACGACGUCUCCUCCAACCGCCGGACCUACGGCCCCGGCGGCUCCUACCAUUACUUUGCCGGCUGCGACGCCGCCCGCGCCUACGUCACGGGUUGCUUUGCCGAAGACCGCUCCCCCGACAUGAGGGGGGUGGAAGAGAUGUACCUCCCCCUGGACGACCCAGCCGUAGACAAGCACUUCUCCCGCGCGGAGCUCAAGGAGAUGAAAAAGAAGGAGAGGGAGGAGGCGUUGAAAAAGGUGCACGACGGGCUGAAGCACUGGGUUGAUUUUUUCGCAAAGAGCGACAAGUACAGAAAGGUCGGCUAUGUCAAGAUGCCCAAGGGGUGGCCGGGGACGGAGCCGAGGAGGCCGUUGUGUGAGGCGGCAGCGAAGGGGAGGAAGGUGAGGAAAAUUCCGGGGCAGAAGGAUGAAUAG